AAACAGCACUGCAGAUAAACACUCUGGCAGAUAUUCACCAACCAGUGGAUGACGUCCUUCACAGAGUCUUAGAGAGACACAAAACCAGCAUGAAGAACAAGUACGAGAGCUUAUUUGAGGGAAUCAGAACAGAAGAGAAUAAAACCCUCCUGAACAGGAUUUACACACAGCUCUACAUCAUAGAGGGAGAGAGUGAAGGAGUGAAUGAAGAACAUGAGGUUCUACAGAUGGAGAAAACAUCCAGGAGACACUUACAAGACUCUCCAAUCAACUGCUCAGACAUCUUUAAACCUCUACAAGGUCCUGAAGGAGAAACGCUAGAAGGGAACAUUAGAGCUGUGAAGGCUGACAGUCUCAGACACAAAGAAAGAGAAGAAGAUAACAGACCAAAAGAGCCAGAGCUCAGAAGUGUUCUGACUAAAGGCAUCGCUGGAAUUGGAAAAACUGUCUCUGUGCAGAAGUUCAUUCUGGACUGGGCUGAAGGAAAAGCCAAUCAGGAUGUAGAGCUCAUGUUUGUGCUUCCGUUCCGGGAGCUGAACCUGAUUAAAGAUGAUCAAUACAGUCUUCAUGGACUUCUGUGUGACUUCCAUCCUGAGCUCAAAGAUCUGGACCCAGAGAUUUAUGAUCAGCUCAAAGCUGUGUUUGUAUUUGAUGGUCUGGAUGAAAGUAGAAUUCCACUGAACUUUAAACAGUGUAAGAAAGUAUCUGACAUCACCAUGGCAUCAUCAGUGGGUGUGUUGAUGACAAACCUCAUCAAAGGAGAGCUGCUUCCCUCUGCUCUGAUCUGGAUGACCUCCCGACCAGCAGCAGCCAAUCUGAUCCCUCCUAAAUACAUCAGCCGUGUGACAGAAGUUCAGGGAUUCAAUGACCCACAGAAGGAGGAGUACUUCAGGAAGAGGAUCAGUGAUGAAGACCAAGCCAAGAGAAUCAUCUCCCACAUUAAGACAGUGAGGAGCCUCCACAUCAUGUGCCACAUUCCAGUCUUCUGCUGGAUCUCAGCCACUGUUUUUCAGCAAAUUAUCAAACAGAGUCAUACAGAAAUCCCUAAAACUCUGACUGAAAUGUACUCACACUUCCUGCUCACUCAGACAAACAUGAAGAAUGAGAAGUAUGAGGAGAAAAAGAGGAGAAACCCAAAGAACCUGCUGGAGUCCAAUAGAACCAUUAUACUGAAACUGGCUGAACUGGCUUUCAAACAGCUGAUGAAGGGCAAUGUGAUGUUCUAUGAAGAGGACCUGAGAGAGAGCAGCAUUGAUGUCACUGAGGCCUCAGUGUAUUCUGGGAUUUUCACUGAGAUCUUUAGGGAGGAAUGUGUGCUUUACCAGAGGAAGGUCUACUGCUUUGUUCAUCUGAGCUUUCAGGAGUUCCUGGCUGCUGUUUAUGUGUUUCACUGCUAUGAGAGCAAAAACAUGGAGGAACUGCAGAUAUUUAACCCACGAAACAGAGAGAGGUCUAAGAGCAAAGAUCUACUGGAUGAGCUGCUGAAGGGAGCAGUGAAUAAAGCAGUAAAGAGUCAGAAUGGACACCUGGAUCUUUUCCUCCGUUUCCUGCUGGGCAUCUCACUGAAGUCCAAUCAGAGACACCUACAGGGUCUACUGACCCCAACACAGAGCAGCUCAGAGAGAACCAGACAGCACAUGAAGAAAUUAAUCAAAGGAGAAGAUAAACGAUACCCCAUCUCCACUGAGAGAUCCAUCAAUCUGUUCCUCUGUCUGUCUGAAAUGAAUGACCAGUCUCUCUCCAGAGAGAUUCAGGAGUAUCUAAACUCAGAGAGACACUCAGGGGAGAAACUCUCUCCUGGACAGUGUUCAGCACUAGCCUGCAUGCUUCUGACCUCAGAGAAGGUUCUGGAUGAGCUGGACCUGAAGAAAUACAACACAUCAGAGGAGGGUUAUAGGAGACUGAUCCCAGCUCUGACUUUCUGCAGAAAAGCUCUACUAGCUUGGUGUGGUCUCACCACAAAUUCCUGUGAGAAUCUAUCAUCAGCUCUACAAUCUGUAAAUUCAUCUCUGAAAGAGCUUGACCUGAGUAACAAUGACCUUCAGGAUUCAGGCGUGGAGCUGCUCUCUGCUGGACUGAAGAGCUCACACUGUAAACUGGAGAUACUCAGAUUGUCUGGCUGUAUGGUUACAGAUGAAGGCUGUUCUUCUCUGGCUUCAGCUCUGAAAUCAAACCCCUCACACCUGAGAGAACUGGAUCUGACUUAUAAUCACCCAGGGGAGUCUGGAGUGAAGCUGCUGUCUGAUCUACUGGAGGAUCCACAAUGUAAACUGGAGAAACUACACACACAUACAGCCGUGAGUUCCUGCUCGACAUUGGCAGAACCUCAUUUUGAAGAGCUACGAGCCUGCAGUUUGCUUAGGAGUCCAGCACCAACACCGCCCCCCACUCCUGCAUCUCGCCCAGAGUGGAGGCGCCACAAGCGGUAUGAACGGAAGCAGAAGAGGGGUAAGCGUGGAGGUAUCCGAGCUAGGCUAGCGGCUAGCCCACACAAGCCGGCCAUCCCCACCAUAGUACUGGCCAACGUACGCUCACUGGACAACAAACUGGACUACAUACGCCUGCUACGCACAACUCAGAAGUCUGUGAGAGACUGUUGUGUGUUUGUGUUUACGGAAACAUGGCUCAGUAACAACAUCCUGGACCACGCCAUUCAGCUCGAGCGGCUAACAUGCUAUCGAGUGGACAGAGCCCUCGUUGAAGGAGACUGGAAUGUGUUUAAACAAGUGGCGACCUACAACAACACCACAUAUCUCCAGGAGUAUGCCGACUCAAUCACUGGCUACAUCUCCAAGUGCAUUGAGGAUGUGACUGUUCUCAAGCCCAUCACAGUCCAGGCCAAUCAGAAGCCAUGGCUGACAGGGGAGGUAUACAGACCACUGAAGGCUAGAAAUGCUGCCUUCUCAGCAGGAGACAAGGUGGGCCUGAAGGCAGCUAGGAACAACCUGUUCCGUGGCAUCAGAAAGGCAAAGAGGCAACACAACAAUCUCUAUCUGAACAUUGAGAAGACGAAGGAGAUUGUUGUGGACUUCUGGAGAAUGUGUACCCAGCAUGCUUCUCUGACCAUCAACGGUGCUGCUGUGGAGAGGGUGAACAGCAUCAAGUUCCUGGGCGUGCACGUCACAGAGGACCUCUCCUGGACCAACAACACAGCAUCACUGGCCAGAAGGGCUCACCAGCACCUCUACUUCCUUCGCAACUGA